AAUGCUUGUUGCUCGGGAAAGUCGGCGCCAGUAAAAAGUAACGAAUUUGUCUUAAAUAAACCAAGUCGCGUUUAAAUUCGUGACAGUUCGAUUCGCACAAGAGGCUUUUCGAUAGUGCGUCGAGUUUGGACGUGUACACGCACUAUUUCGGUGUGUUUUUUCGCUCCGACUUCGGCUCCGCUGGGUGGGUUACAGUCUGGCUUCGUGACUGAUUUGGUGGCGAUGAGACCACUGUCAGCAACUGCUCAUACUACCCCCUGUGUAGCUGAUUGCCAGUGUCUGUCUGGCUGUACCACCCACACUCCUCUUUCUUCGCCUCUGUCAGUGCAUUAAUCCCUCUAUCUGAAACCAUCCCUCCCUCCACCUGACUGCAGCAUUUCAACCAAAGCACAGGAAAGAACGACAGAGCAGACCAGCUGAAAACCAACACAACCAAGGAAAACAGGAAGAGAAGAGGAAGUAAUUAACUGAGCACUUUGUCAAAGUAGUUAAAGGAUGACGCUCAUCAGGAACAUUAUGUUAAAAGUGAAACUUUUUUAAAAUUUAGUGACAAGUGGCCUACAGUAUCACAGACCCCUUAAUUCUCCUGUCACACACAAACAGACGUGUGAUUUACAACAUACAAACUACUCUCUCUUCACCAUAAAUGACUGUACAUCACAGCCAUUCAGCCUGAAAUUAGUGGAUAAGGCUCAUAUCUGAUUAAUAGAUCUCUGAUUGUUUUGUGCAUUUUACUGUGGCUGUCAACGAGAUGUCUGUAGCAUUGCCAGCUGUGCGAGACACAAAGUGGCUGACUCUGGAGGUGUGUCGUCAGUUCCAGAGAGGCACGUGUUCUCGCAGUGAUGAAGAAUGCAAGUUUGCUCACCCACCCAAGAGCUGCCAGGUGGACAAUGGCAGAGUCAUUGCCUGCUUUGACUCCCUCAAGGGUCGUUGUUCGAGGGAUAACUGUAAAUACCUGCACCCACCAUCUCACCUGAAGAGUCAGCUGGAGAUUAACGGGAGGAACAACCUGAUCCAGCAGAAGACCGCUGCAGCCAUGCUAGCCCAGCAGAUGCAGUUUAUGCUGCCAGGAUCUAGCCUUCCUGCUGUGUCUUCAUUUCCUGUUAGUCAGAGUUUGGGGCCAGGAGCCGGGAUCAGCUACUCCCCCUACCUCUCUCCUGUCACUCAUGGGAUGGGGCUGAUUACCACGGAGAUGCUCCCAGGCAACCCUGUAAUCAUCCCUGGCAAUGCCACAGUAGCAGUACAGAGCACGAACUCCUCUUCUUCAACUCAAAAAGCACUGCGCUCUGACAAGCUAGAGGUGUGUCGAGAGUUCCAGCGCGGUAACUGCUCCCGAGGAGAGACAGACUGCCGGUUUGCACACCCCAGCGACAGCCCCAUGAUUGACAGUACCGAUAACACAGUGACUGUGUGUAUGGACUACGUAAAGAGCCGCUGCUCUAGAGAAAAGUGCAAAUAUUUUCACCCUCCUGCUCAUCUGCAGGCACGCCUCAAAAGUUCUCAGAACAUCCAAAGCACUGCUGCAACUGCUGCUAUGACUCAGUCAAGUGCCAAAGUGCUGAAGCGACCCCUCGAGGCAACUGUUGACAUGGUGUUUCCUCACAGCAUGUUACAGCCACUAGCUAAGAGAGUGGCACUGGAGAAGAGCACAGGGCUGUUAAACCCCAGUGUUCUGCACUACCAGCAAGCUCUUGCCAAUACACCACUGCAGCCUUCUACUGCACUUUUCCCUACAGGUUCAGUCUUGUGUGUGUCCCCUGGACAUGGCAUUGUUCCCAUGAUGCUCAGUGCCCCGCCCGCUACUGCCUCCGCUCCUGCUGCAAGCCCCUACGCUGCUGCUGCUGCUGCUGCUGCCGCAGCAACCGCCAAUCAGAUCAUUUUGAAAUAGAUCACAGCAGUGGGACAGAGUGCCAACACCGCGUUAGACAAGUGUGUGGAUACAAGACCCUCAGUUUCACAGAAUUACAGCUAUGUGCAUGUUAAUACACUUAUAGGAUAGUUUUUAGGAAAUGCAUACAUUCAUACAUAGAACCUCAAAGGCCACUUUAUUAGGAACACUACUAAUAUUGGUAAUAUAAAAUAACAUAGGUAAAUUCUUUGUGGCAUUGAUUCCACAAGAUGUUGGAAAAAUUUCAGUCCAUCUUGACAUGAUCAUUUGAUGUAACUGCUGCUGAUUUGUCAGCUGUGCAAAUUCCCUAUUGUACCACAUCUUACCCCAUCAUAAAGGUGCUCUGUUAGCUUCGGAUCUAGUGAGUGGAGGCCAAAAUGCACUGAAAAAAAUAAUUUGUGCCCACAAAGGAAUACACAUGGUCACCAACAAUACUCAGAAUAGGCUGUGACAUUCAAUCGAUGCUCCACUGGUAUUAAGGGCCUAAAGUGUGGCAAGAAAACAUUUUCCAGACUAUUACAUUACUAUCACCAGCCUGUUUAUCAGACAGGUUGUGUGCAUGAAUUUAAACUGUUUACACCAAGUUCUGUUUCUGCAGUUUGCAUGUUGCAGCAGAAAUUAAUAUUCACUCAGACCUGGCUGUGUUUUUCAAUCUUUAACUUUUUUGUUUUGGUUUGGUUGUGCCCAAAGUAGCCCGUUCUUGGCUCACAUCAGUGAAACCCACUGUGCUCGUUUGCUGUUGUAGCACGUUUAGUCUCAAAAAUUGACAUGUUGUGUAGUCUGAAAUUUUUUUGGCUAACCAGGGCUGUAAAAAGAGGUCAGUUAAGUUACCAUUCCAUCUGCCAUCAUAAACAAUGCAUUGUCUGCAUGAUUUUUAUGCAUUGUGCUAGUGCCACAUCACUGGCUAAAUAAUUAUAAGCUGCUAUACUGGUGUUCCUCAUACAGUGACUAGUCAGUGUGUAUGUGUAUACACAAUUAUAUAUAGGGUGGACAAACCACAAAAAGGAGCACAUAAACAGCUGAACUGAUGAGUAAUAUUUGGUUGAUUGGCAAUUCAAAAAAACAAGCCACAUUUACAGGGUUUGAUUGUUUUGUUAUGCACUCACAGUUUGGACAUCCUUUAUUUAGCCUUAUUAGAACUGAUAGUUGCCACAUAAAGAAGCUACUUAUCAGUUAUUUUAUUAAUGUUAAUUCGCUGUCAACCUAAUAAUCUCACCUUUUUUAAAGUCAAGCUCAAUUUUCACCUGUAAAGUUUCCCUGACACUUGACUCUUUGCUUGUUCAUUCAUUAUUUAACAAUAAUAUACAGUGCCAUCAGCAGUGUUAUGUAAGAUUUUAACACUUUCAGCACUCAUGUUACUGUGUGACUUUAUUUGCACUUUUGAUAAAGAAAAAGGGCAUCAUCUCGUGAAAGACUAUCAAAGCUCAACAUGAAAAAGACAUUUUUGACAAUUCACCUGCGCAUACAGAGGGCAAGGAGAACUGGAACCCUGAGUGCUGAAUCACAUCAAAGCCAUGCAGGAGGAUUACACACAGCAUGUCACAACCACAUAUGAGAAAGUGCAUGUGAAAGCUUUGCAAAGGCACAGAAUACGCUGAACUUUAAACUCAACUCCAGCCUGAACACUGCUGCAACCCAUAUCAAGAAAAUGGCUACUCUGUUUGCCAAAAUAUGGAUAGUGGGAGAGAAAAAAAGUUUGACCUUUAACAGUAGCCAAACAGAAUAGAUACACGUGAACCCUUUAAGACUUCGUGUAAGUUAGAGUUUUUACUACACAAUUUUUUUUUGUAAUUUUAAGAUGGAUCUACAGUUUGAAGGUUAUUUUUUUUCUUUAUACUGUGCCAUUAGCAGAGUGUGAAAUAAUAGAAACAAUAAGACACUAGUGUACAAAGUGUGCGUGAAUUAGUGUGUUUGACACUGUCUGUGUGUAUAGUAAUGUAAUAUGGAGUAGAUUGUUAAGCCUGGGCUUUACAGCUAAACUCAUGGCCUAGAAUUGCCAGCACUUUGAGCUUUGUUCAGCUGGCUGAGUUCAGUUGUGUCGAGCUGGGCAAUGUUGAUCCGGUUUUGCUUUCUGUAUUUAUUCUGAUGUACAAGUGCCUAACAAUGUUCUUGAAAAGCGUCGUAUGGAAAUUUGACCUUGUUGAAUUUUGUUGCUUCAGUUUGUCUUUUUCUUAAGUAGAGAAGAUUUAAAAUAGUUAAUGUUAAGUUAAUGGAUCAUGAGUGUCAUUUAUUUCUUAUUUCCUUAAUCUUUUGAUUAAAAAACAGUAAUUGGGAGUUACUCUUUAAAAACUGGAAAGUGCUGGUAAAUAUCAGGUUCAGCUCAUUAAAUCAUCAAGCCCUUUAUGCGAUGGAUUGUUCAUUUAAGGGGGGAAGCUGCAGAGUAAUGAAAACAUCUGUAAAAAAGCAUCUUAACAUCACAGCACUACUCUUUAACUACACAGUUGCUUUAGGUAACAGUCUCAGAUGCAGAAGAUGCUUUAGAAAUCAUAACAGAACUUAUGGUUGUUUUAUUUUCUAAAGCAGUAAUUGACAGCAGUACAUUUAAAUUGAAUUGUACUAGUUAUAAUUCUGAAUAGCAUUAUUAAUACCAAGACAUAGAGUGCAUAUUGAUUAAGGAAACUCACUCGUAGUAUUUGUGUCCAUGUAUGUUGUGUGUUUUCAGGAGUUUCAAUUCAGGGUGAGUUAAAUGCCAUGUGAGUACUCAAGACAAUCUUUAGUUUAGAUACUGCUUAGACUUUCAUUCGUUUAACUUCUUAGCAAAGCCUGAAGAAAAAAAAUGUUGUGGUAAAUAAGAUAUUUGAGAUAUAUUAUGUAAAUUUACACUAUUGAUUGUGGUUAAUGGACCAUUGUUAUGUUCUGUUUUGAGAUUAAUGUAAUUUAUUUGAUGUAUGGCCUUCUUGUUCUGAUGGUGUUUUAAAAGGCCAGUUCAGUGCUGCCUUUCUCUCCAUCACCUGACCUCUUGUACGAUGAGGAAGAGGCAAUUCACUUAGGACAGGUGCAGUGUACACAACUAUUUAACAUCACUGUUAUCACUUCUUGUGUAAUACACUAAAAGUUCUUAGUUGAUCUGAUAGUUUAAGAUAAUAGUUGUUUGAGGUUUCUAAGUGUGUAAGUGGUUAAAGUUUGCUUUUGUGAAUGAAACAUAGCAGUGAGUAAUGCAGGUAGUCAGACAAGAAAAGCACUCAACAUCAGUGUAGGUCAGGCUGCAAAUGCUCAUUUUAUUUUACACUACAAACGACUUUACAUUUCAGUUUAUAGUAAGUCAUGUUUGUGUGCUAAUGUUUUAGAACAGUGCUAAUUUAUUAAUGUGACGGUUUAAAUGACUAUGAAUGAAAAUGUCUUGUGAUAUGUUAAAGUAUUUUUCCCUGCUGCUGGAAAUAAUACUUGGUUUUGAUGCCUUAUUGUCAUGAUGGACCAUCCUAUGUGAUUUAAAAUAUUCAAGUCUUAAGGUUUCUUUACACUUAUUCUUUUAAGGAACAUAAAUCAUGGUUCAUCCAGGUUUGUUUUCAUGUUCAAGUUUAAAUAUGUUGUAAUUCUAACAGCAUACCAGAGCAGUGAGUUACUCAGCAUCUUACUGUGCAGGAUUAGUGUUGUACUGCAAUAUGAUUUUAAUCAUAUUGAAUAUUUCCACUGAUUUAUCCCUACAGCAGAUUUAGACUUGAAGUUCUCAGCUAGCCUCAAGUUCUAACUCCCAUUUAAAAUGUAUUGAAUAUAUGAAUGUUUUAUUUAUAUAUCAAUGUAUGUGCUUACUUAAUCAAUCUGAUGGAUGCUGAAUUCAGAAUGUGUUUUCUCUUGACUGUUGAAGCACUUUCUGGGCAGAUUAAUGACCAGAGGGCUAGUGUGCUUACUUAAGUAGUACGUUCAUUGCCUUAUCAUUUCCAUGUUUUUUUUUUUUUUUUUUUUUUUUUUUUUUUUUACCAUUUCACCUGUUGCUUAAGAUGUUGUUUAAAAGCUUUAGUAGUACAAAACAGCUUUGUUAGUUUAGUGUCAGAUUAUUAAAAAAACAAUAUAAAUUGGCUGCUAAAAAGGUUAUAAGUUGAAAAUAUAAGGAAUAGCCUGUUCUCUGUCCCUGCAGUAAUGAAUGGAUGAUAGAACAGUACAUGACUGAACAUGACUUUUAAGUCCUUGUUGUACUUUUUAUUAAUGUUGUAUUUUUUAGCUUUACCAUGGUCUAUAGGCUCUGACACUUGGGGUGAUGAGUCAUUUCAUUGCAGACUGGUUAUGCCAUGCGUUAUAAAAUACAUUAAAGCUGUUUUAUGUUACUUUGUGUAAUAAGAAUUAGUUUUGUUCUGUAAACAUAGAAUAUGUAAACUAUAUUGUCACAAAAUAAAUAAAUUCUUUAUCAACCAC